AUGGUGCGCCCUGCUUCUCAGUUUUGGGAGCACGUCAUUAAGAUUAAGGAUGAGGAAGGCAACAUAGUCGGUGCUACUUGCAUUCAUUGCAAGAAUCCUGUGACGGCUAAUGCGACUACGAUAGGCAAGCACAUGUUCGGCACUAACAAGAGGGACAAGAACGUUGCGAUGUGCAAGUCGGACUACGCUAAGCAGCUGCGGGCGACAGCCGAUCAGGAGCGCUCGACCACGGAAAAUGCUACGGGAGGAUCAACCCGUGCCUCCACGUCCUCGGUGGAGGCGCCGCCCGUGCGGCGCUUCCGGCAGCGAGAUAUCCGUGAUAUGACGGACCAAGUUGCGCAUAAUCGCCUGGAUUACCUGUGGGCUGCUGCAGUUGCCGAGAACGACCUCGCCUUCAACGCCAGCAAGUCGAAAUCGAUCCACGCGUUCGUUGACGCGGUGAUCAUGUACGCGAAACCGUACACCCUCCCAACCCCGUACAAGGUAUCCGGCCCAUUGCUGGACAAGCUGAAGGCGGACUCCGAGGACCUGCUGCGGCCGCUGAAGGAGAGCUGGAAGACCAGCGGGUGCUCGCUCUCCGUCGAUGGAUGGACGGACAUCAAAUCCCGCGUAUUUGUGUGUGUCAUCUCGCAAAAUGACACCGCACCCGUCAUCGUCGACAUCGUUGACUCGAAGACCGCCAAAAAAAUCGGGGACUACUUGGCAACGCUUAUUCAGGGAGCGAUCACCACUGUGGGGCCGAAGCAUGUCGUCCAAGUCGUGAUGGAUAACGCUUCGAACAACAAAAACGCCGCCAGCAAGCUGAGCGCGGAUUAUCCCCAUAUCUUCUUCACCAACUGCGCCGCCCACUGCCUCGACCUCAUGCUGCACGACAUCGGCAAGAUCCCUGCCGUGGAACUCGUCCUUUCCCAAGUGCAUCAGGUCGUGAUGAUGAUCAAAGGCCCCGCCUCAUUUGGCACCCAGGUCAUCAUGCUCGGCAGGUUCCUUGAGGUGAAGCGCGCGUUGAGGGCGAUGGUAAUCAACGAGCAAUGGGAGGAUGUAGCAGUGGCACGGACGGAGGAGGGGAUGGAGGUUAGGAAGCUGCUUUUGGACGACGUUUUUUGGGACUGUGGGACGGCCGUGCACCGCCUCAUGACUCCCAUCUACGAGGUUCUCCGCGCCGUCGACACACGGGCUCAAGUCAUGGGGCAGCUGUACGGCCUCAUGCUUGAAGCCACGGUGAAGACUAAUGCGGCGGCUGAGACGGCUGCCGCACACUUCAUCAAGCGGACGGGUCUGCUGUUGCCGAAGGACAAGAGCACUUUCCUCACCUCCAUCAAGGCGAUCAUUGCCAGGAGGUGGGACGCACGACUGCACAACCCCCUGCAUGCCAUCGGUUGGCUCCUCAGCCCCCGUAACCUGUACAUUGGGGAGGUAAGGAAUGACAAGGAGAUUAGGAAGGGGGUGGAUGAGGUAAUCCAGGCCCGGGGCGGAGAUGUGCAGCAGCGCAUAACGCUAGCUGCACAGGUGGCUCAGUUUCACCGAGGGGAGGGCAGGUUGGGCUCUGACGAUGCCCGUUGGGCAGCAACUACCUUGGUGGAGGCGGGGCGCAUGACGGAGGCGGAAUGGUGGUUCCUGUUUGGUGGGGAGGUGCAGGCGCUCCAAGACCUGGCUGUGACGUCUUUGUCACAGCCAGUCACCUCCGAAGUGGAGAGGUACUGGUCGGCGCUAGCACGUGUGCAGAGGCGCGACCGGAACCGCCUCACGGCGAAGAAGAUGAUUGACGUCACCUUCGUCGCCUUCACCCGGCGGGCCCGUGAUGCCUUUGAUCGAAAGGCAGCCCUGCGUUCCAAGCUCUAUCAGGACCUGGGCAACGGCACCCUCAGGGAAGGGGCUGCCAUCAUCCCGGCCGAAGUGGAGGUGGAGGAAGGGGAUGCGGAGGAGGAGGCACCCGUGGAGGAGGAAUGCACCAUUGAUUGGUCGGAAUUUGGGAGCAUCGGCAAGAAGAGGAAAGGGAAGGCGGGUAAGUCAUCUAAAGGGAAGAAGAGGGGGAAGGGCAACGGUGCAUGCAAGGGAAAGGGGAAAGGAAAAGCAGGGGAUGCAGAGGAGGAAGAGGAGGCGGAAGAGAGCGGUGGGGAGGAGGAAGAACCUGCCCUGAAUCCCAAGGGGCGAUAUGCCUGGGAUUGCAGCGACGGUUCAAGUGGGGAGGAGGAGGAGGAGGAGGAGGAAGAGGAUGACGAGGAGUAUGACGGGAAAACGGAGGGGGACGGGAAUGGGGAUGGUGCGUGGAAGGAUGAGGAGGGUGGGGAAAGGGACGGCGGGAUGGUGUGUGGGAGUGGUGUGAGAGAGAAAGGUGGGGAGCGGAAGGGAAUGGAAAAUGGGCUGUGUGAAAAUCGCUUGCGGAUGAGUAGAGGAGGAGGUGGAGGAGCAGAGGAGGGGGAGGUGGGGGAGGUGGGGGUGGUUUUGGAAGUGGAGGUGAGAGGAGUGGUGCUGGGGGAGGGGUGGGGGGUGGAUGACGUGG